AGCAGUUAGACGGAAGAAGAAGAGUAGCUGGGAGGGUGACUUGGGGGAGCAGCGGGGCGAAGAAGAAUUUCGAGUUUAUCGUACGUAGCUUCGACAUAGUGAGCUCCAGACUAACACGUAGUAGACUUCCUCCGAGAACGAGCUCCUUUACGGAGUGUAUUUGUAAACAUGCCUUCAGCAUUAGACUGCAAAGUCUAUGUUGGAGACUUGGGUUCUGGUGCUUCCAAGCAAGAGUUGGAGGAAGCUUUUUCAAAGUAUGGUCCCCUGAGAAAUGUGUGGGUGGCCAGAAACCCACCUGGCUUUGCCUUUGUGGAAUUUGAAGAUGUAAGAGAUGCUGAAGAUGCAGUCAGGGGACUUGAUGGAAGAACAAUAUGUGGUCGCCGGGUGCGUGUAGAACUAUCCACAGGGAAAAGCAGAGGCCGUUUCAGGGGCCCACCACCUCGCAGAGGCCGCCCUUUUCAUCCAGAGGACCGAUGCUAUGAGUGUGGCGAACGGGGACACUACGCCAGGGAUUGCUAUAGGUACAGCCGACGUUACUCCAGGUACUCGAGGUCCCGAAGUAGAAGUCGCUCUCCCAGACGGAAGAGGUCUUACACACGCUCUAGAUCUCGCUCUCGUGACAGGUCCAGGAGUAGGACUAGGGAUCAUUCAAGGUCGAGAGAAAGGAGUCGCUCUAGAGACAGGUCUAGAUCACGCUCACGCUCAAGAGAUCGCAGCCGUUCUAGAGGAGGUUCUAGAUCCAGGUCUCAGACAAGAGAAAGGGAACGUUCUCGAUCACAUGAUGAGAAAGGAGACCGUAGCAGAUCCCGAUCGCCAGGACAAAACGGUAGUCCAAGAGAAGAGAUGAAUGAUGACUGAUGUGUAACUUGCAUUCUGUCAAGCAGCAAUCCUCUUUUGUACCUUGCACAUCUUGAUUAAUUGAUAAGUUUCAAUUUUGUUUUUGUUAGAGGUUGAAAUUGUGUAGAAACUAUCCCUCAGUACUCGAGUAAACUACUACUAGUGGAACUGCCUUAUAACAAAGGACAGAAAUUACAGUGUUGAAUUUUAUUGAUGGUUUUAAUAUGACUGCUACUUCAGUCAUUUGGGUUUGAAUGUCUGAAGUAUCAAUAUAAAGGAUUCAUUGGUCUCCUCUUUGGUAUUUGUUGUAUUGGUCACAUUCCAGCCUUUUUGAAUAUCAGUGUAUUGAUUAAAUAAAAAUCAGAAGUUC